GAAAGAAAAAGUCGUAGCUGACAGUGAUUGCAUGACUUCUGUACAACGUCCGAUUAGUUUUUGCGUUUUAUUGUCUUCCUUUGUACUGGAAAUUCGACUCUAGGAAAUUGAUUUCGUGUAGCUAUGUCUGGCAUUGCUUUGGGCCGUUUAUCAGAAGAGAGAAAAGCUUGGCGUAAAGACCAUCCUUUCGUAAGUUACGCGGCAUUCCCAUUUCCUCUAUUUAUGAUUAUGAUAAAAUGCUUGAAUAGAUCGAUCUUACCAAAUGAAUUGACUUUGUUUUCUAAUCGAAAGUAUUUUUGUUUGUAGGGAUUUGUGGCCAAACCGCUCAAAAAUCCUGAUGGUACUCUAAAUCUGAUGAACUGGGAAUGUGGUACGUGAGAUGUACAAUUUAUUCGUGUCUGAUUCACAAUCUCAUCCAGCCAAAGCUUCUGAACUGAUCCGUGUACUCGACAUACCCAUGCCACACUUUUUAUUGAUAAUCAUUAAGAAAAUAAAUUUUUAUUUGCUUCCUCGAUGAUGAUUAUACUUUAUUUCUGCUUUGUCUACAGCGAUCCCUGGAAAGAAAGCGGUAUGUAUCUCGCGAUUUUAGCCAAAUUGAUUAGACUGCUCUCGUCUCGUGUCUCUAACAUCGUGAAGGGUGCUGUCAUUUUUGUCUCGGUUUUCAAGGAUCAACGAGAAUGUUUACAAGCUUUGUUAUUAUAUAUAACUCGAUUUAUUUUUUUCAAUUUUUCGAAAAAUUAAUUUGACAACUGUCAACAGAUAAAGGUGUAAGUUUUGAUCGUUGAGAUAUUAUGUCUGACUGUUAUAAAACUCAAUUUUGACUGCGGUCGCGGAAAAAGCCGGUUAUAGGCGAACAACAUUCUAAGAUGCUGUACAUUUACUGCGUUGUAGACUCCAUGGGAAGGAGGUUCUUUCAAACUGAAGAUGAUAUUUAAAGACGACUACCCAUCCUCUCCACCAAAAUGUAAGAACUUUGACCUUUUGGUAAAAUAUGUUGUUAUUCACGCCUCUGGUCUGGUCUGUUAGUCUAAGGGGAACGACGGGAAGAGUGUGUAAUAACAUAGUUAUUUACCUCAUUUAUUUACGGCACUUACUAGUUUUCAAGAAUUUCGUCUGGGUCCCAAUAAUUUAUCAUAAUUUUUCUUUCCAAAGAAUGUGCAAUUUCAUCAUAUUGAGAUUUGAAAACUUCCUUUUUCUUUCAUGUACUUCCUGUUUUUGACAAAAACAAGUUUGCAUAUAUUUUGCAUUCAUUUUAAUCUGACUGUAAAAUUAUUCCAAAAAUUCAUAACAUUUUGUUUAAUUUGUGAAAAGAUAUAUUUGAAACGGGUUAAAAUCCAUCUGUAAUGUUUAUUUGAUUGGAUGUCAGUGGAGAAUUAAGAUUGUUCUUGAUUAAAUGGCACAGAUGGAAGUUUAAUUGCCAAUAAAUGCCAAUCAGCAUGAUAUUUUAAGGCAGCUAUGUUUAUAAGUUUCAAUAUUUUGUACAAUUUCCAUUUUUUGUAGGUAAAUUUGAUCCCCCAAUUUUCCACCCGAAUGUUUACCCAUCUGGCACAGUGUGUUUGUCUCUUCUGGAUGAGGAAAAAGACUGGAGGCCUGCAGUCACUAUAAAACAGGUAAAUAACCAGUUUCUUCAUCACAUGGAAUUAAAUUAAUACCUGUGAAUUGAUGUUUUUUUAAAUGCUCAUGUCUGCUUUGAGUGAAAUGUAAGGACAGUUUUUAUUACUGUUAUUUUUCUGUAACUUCUGUUGUGUGAUAAUGUUAUCUUCCUUUAAGUGUAUACAAACCCCCAUGUCUAGUCAUCUGUAAAUAAUUAGGCAAUUGCCUCUCCUUUUUCUCUUCAUUGGUUUUGUUUGAGUAAUUUCCAUCAUUUUUCAUCUUCUUCUAUUAAAAUUUAACUUCUUAGAUUUUAUUGGGAAUUCAAGACUUACUGAAUGAUCCAAACAUAAGAGAUCCUGCUCAAGCAGAAGCUUAUACCAUCUACUGGUAAGAACUUCCACCCUUGAACUCCAAAGAUUAAAUCAGUAAUUCUCCCUUCUUAGCUUUAUACAUUUCUUUGCAAAUGAGUAGAGAGGAUUAGAAAUUAUAGGCAGAUAAAACCCCCUCAGCUGCUUUUUGUUCUAUUAUGUGACAUGUUUAUACAAAAAGAUAUUCAAACUUUGCAAAAAUGUUACUUGUAAGUGAUCUCUUGUAGUAAAGCUAUGAGUAAUUUGGGUGAUGUUCAAGGGCAGUAGAACUAGGAUGUGUUGAUUAGGACCUAGCUCAUGUACAGACUUGUCUUUCUCAUCCUUCAACUAGCUUUGGUGAUAAUUUUCUGCUCUUUUCAGUUAAAUAUAAAAAUGCUAUAAAGGGAACAUGUUAACCAUUGGUUUCUGUAAAAUUAAUAUUUUUGUUUCUUAACUUUACUUUCAGCCAAAACAGAUCAGAAUACGAGAAACGAGUUAGAAGUCAAGCUGCAAAGUUCUCAAGUACAUAGUGAAUAAAGAAAAAUAGAAGACGCUUCGCUAACAGACAUGUGGUUUAAUAAUGACUGGCAAGAAUUGGAUUUAUUUUUUUUCUCCAUUUAUGAACUGCAAUGGGGAGUGGAACAAGAUUAAUCCAUAACUGCUUUAAUACCACGGCUGUUGUUGUGAAUUGGAAGGAGCUAUCGUGUCUGUUACAGUAGGAAGUUUCACAGUGUACAGUUCAACUAACUUAUGCUACAAGAUGGAUAAAGUUGACCCUAAUCUAUGUUAGUUUUGUUUAGGCCUCUCUGUGUAAGGUUUGGUUGGGUUUUAAUGGCUCUAUCUAUUCAGGGAGAACUAUCAGAUGACACUCUCUGAUCCCAUUUUCGGGUCAUUAUUUAUCACCUGGUGGGGUGGAAUGAUUUUAGUUGUGUUACAACAAAAGUUACCUGAUCCCCCCUCCCCUGAAGGCUAUGUAGUAUACUAAAGAUCCCCCUCAUUGGCAGUUAGUUUCCUAAGGUGCCCUCCCCCCAUAAUGCUCUGUCAAGAAUGACUGUUAGCCUCUCCAUACCCCCCUGGAAACUGUGUUCCUUCAGAGAAAUCCUCCCACCCCCU